GUAGAGACAAAGAGUCGGAGAGCUCGCUUGGUUGAAUCUCUACGGCUCUCAUGUUGAGUUUAACUCCUGCCCACUGGCUCAUCCGGUUAUUCAUUCUGUGGAAACACUGAAAGACAAACGCAACAAGAAUGGCAGAGACUGCUCCAGCCCCCGCUGCCGCACCGGCAAAAUCACCCAAGAAGAAGGCACCCAGGCCCAAGAAGACUGGCCCAAGUGUCGGCGAGUUGAUUGUGAAAGCAAUCGCUGCCUCCAAGGAGAAGAAGGGAGUGUCCCUUGCCGCUCUGAAGAAGGCGCUCGCAGCUGGCGGAUACGAUGUGGAGAAGAACAAGGCUCGUGUCAAAGUGGCAGUCAGAGCACUGGUCACCAAAGGCACACUUGUUCACACGAAAGGAGUCGGUGCGUCCGGAUCCUUCAAGUUAGCCAAGAAGGCGGCAGAACCCAAGAAGAAGGCAGUCAAGAAGCCAGCGGCCAAAAAGCCAGCUGCCAAGAAGCCCAAGAAGGCAGCAGCCAAAAAGCCAGCCGCUGCCAAGAAGGCCACCAAAAGCCCGAAGAAGGCUAAGAAGCCCGCCGCCCCCAAGAAGGCUACCAAGAGCCCCAAGAAGGCAAAGAAGCCCGCGGCUCCCAAGAAGGCAGCAAAGAGCCCGAAGAAGGCUAAGGCAGCCAAGCCCAAGGCAGCUAAGCCCAAAGCAGCUAAGCCCAAGAAGGCAGCACCCAAGAAGGCAGCACCCAAGAAGGCAGCCCCCAAGAAGAAGUAAAUACAUUUAUGGCUGCUGUCACAAACAAAAGGCUCUUUUCAGAGCCACCCAAUUUCCUCAUUAAUUGCACAUGUCCCAAUGAAAUGCGUGCACCAAGUACUGUGUCCAAGUUUGGCAUGAAUGAACGAACGGUCUGUUGCCAAGCAU